AUGACUGCUUUUACUCUUGUAAAAAAUUCUAUAUUAAAAUGUAUUGUUGAUGUUGCAUAUAUUUCUUCCUUUCGGUAUUUUAUGUUACCCUAUUUUAGUUCUACUACUAUUCUGUUAUCUUAG